UCACGGUUUGAAGCCAGCGGCCGCCCUGUAUGUUACAGGCGGUAUGUCAUCUACAUAUAUAUGUAAAAGGCAAAGUUGUGAAUAUGUGUGUCUGUUCAAAAUGUUGAGCGUACUUCCCGACAUGCAACAAACUGGAAAUUUGCCAUGUGGGUACUUUCCAGAAUGUACACCAUGCACAAAUUAUAAAAAUACACUUGUUUUUUUUUGGGGGGGGAGCUCAAUACAGUAAUGCAUGCUGUAUAUUUUUUGCACAGCAGGUGAGUUGUGACGUCAAAUCUGUCACGUGACCCGCGCACGUGGAAGCGUAACGCAUUGUAGUGUAGCGGUUAGCGCGCUGCGCUACGAACCUGGCGACCCGAGUUCGAUUCUCGCUCACGGCCACCACCGGUGACGAUUAUUUGAACCGGUCCAGGGCCUCCCCUAGGUCGACUCAGCCUCAAACGAGUAACUGGUGUGGUGUGUGAACAUCGCCACUGGGGAGACAAAGGCGGCCGGGCGUUGGUUGGACCACACUUUGAAUAACGAGUGUGGGAACUGAACUCUGCCGACAACAAUGGACAGCCUUGAUGAAGAAACGGUUGGAGACGUUUCAAAGGAAACAAAUGGAGUGAAGCAUGGCGUUUCUGCACUGCAGCAUCUACAAAAACGGCAAAAGAAACUCCUGGAUGAGGUGCAGAUGCUGGCCAAGCGCUCCCAGGUAUUCCAGGAGUUCCUGGCACCAGAUGUACCAAAGGAGACAACAGAUAACAAGGACGUUCGUGAGAAAAUAAUUAUGGAUUGUGAAUCCGUCUGGAGGGAGGUGAAUGAAAUGCAAGCAAGAAUUUGUAUGCAAGAAGCCACUCCUGUAUCUCCUGAGAAUCCGAUUUUGGAUAUACUUUUGGCAAAGAAAUGGUUGCUGAAUGCUGAAGUUGAAAUUUCAACGGAAACAAAACAGCUGAUGCCUCUUAAAUAUCCUGAAUGCGCACUUGUGGUGGCAGAAGAGAAGCUUAAACAAGUUAUCGGUCAACUGGAGGAAACAUUGUCAUUUUAUAGAACCACAACAAAAGCCCUCGAGUCCGAACUUGAAAGAGAGAAGGCCUAUCUGGAAGAUCAAAAGAAAAUUCAACAAACACUUAAAGAGAAACUGGCUCAGCUGGCUACGGAUAGCACCAACACGUCAUCAAGCCAAGACCUCCCCAGAGAAAUGCAGGAGCGACUGCGCAAGGCUAUGCUGCAUUACAAAAAGCUGAAUAAGGCUCUCUUUGAGUUUUCAAAUGAAUUUUUCCCGCUGCCAACGGAAAAUGGUGUUUACGGCAAGAGGAAGAAGAAAUCUACAAAUGUGAACAGCACCAAAAACAUAGACUACAUUGCUAUCCACGAAAUACUGGAGUUGCUGAUGAACCAGAUGACAAGUUCUCCGCACGACCCGUACAUCACUGUGCAGGACAACUUCUGGCCUCCGUUUGUCGAGAAACUUCUCCGCUUCGACAUGGCGGUCACGCAUCCGGAGGAUCACAACAAGAUCCGCAUUCAGUUCUACCACGAAUAGCGUGGAGCAACAACGAUGAGGGCAUUAAGACUGCAUGCAUUCAAGUUUAAUGCAACUGAUCGCUCAGGUCUGGAUGUUUCUGCAACCAGUUGCGAGCAGUUGCACCAGUCGGUUGCUUGCAGUAAAGACGGUCUACUUUCAAGCGAAUCCACUGUAGUGACGUACUUCAUCACUUAUAUAUGUGCCAACAAAUGAUGAGAUAUUCUUGGUUCUUUCGGUAAAGUCACGUAGAAGGGAAACAAUAAAAUUAUAAAAUUAUAAAACAAAAAAAUUCUCAAUAAUAUUCUCAGUGAUAAUUUUAUUGUUUUAUAAUUGUAUUAUUUUAUGGUUUCCUUCUAUGUGACUUUAUCGAAAGAACCAAGAAUAUGAAUCCCUGCAGUCACGAAAGCUUUAAAUAGAAAUUAUGAGUUACAAUCCUACAUAUGCUGUUUAUAUAAAGGAUUGGUAAAUUCACAAUAAUAUGAUUAAUGGUAACUUUUUUUAUUUUACCAGGUAAGGCCCACUGAGCUGUAUAGCUCUUUUUCAGAAGUGACCUGGCCACAAAGAAUAGCUCAUUUGUAGCCAGACCACAUGUGGAUUUUAAAUGCGGAGAAAAAAAACUGAGGACCCGAAAAAAAAACAACGACCACAGGGAGAACAUGCAAACUGCAAAUUUCCAUGUGUCAGAGCUGAGAUCGAACCCGUGUGACCUGUUUACCAGGCAAGGUAGCUAAUAAUAUCUCGCCGCAGCGAUGCCCAUAAGAUAAGAUUUUGCAAUCGGGAUUUUUGCACAUUUCCAUGAAGUCGUUAAUUCAUGAAAACCCUUGAUUAAAAAGAACUGAGCGCACCAAAAUAUCAUUGCUGUGAUUAGCAGAAAAUAGAUCUCCACACUUCGAAAUGUGGAAAGUUAGUUGACCAACUAAUGGCUCCGAUGUGGACAAAGCGGUUGUAGGUGAUCUAGUUGUGCGAUUACGAGAGGGAUUUGCUCGUUUGACUGAUCACUCGGUGUCAGCAUCAGAAUAUUGAUUUAUUUUGGAGGAAUCCGAUGAACUCUUUUUCACAUAUGGUCCACGAUAGUGCACGGUAUAGGAAAUGUAAGCAAAUGACUUUUAAAUAAUGUAAAGUAAACUAUUUUUUAUCUUACCAGGUAAAGCCCAUUGAGCUAUACUGUAUAGCUCUUUUACUGGUAGGAACCUCCUGGCUACACCAGCCCACAGGGGAUUAUUGUGUCUGUCGUGCA